AUGGGGAGAUGGAGCUUCGUGGUUCCGGUUCUGCUGUCAGUCUGUCAGCUGGCGGCGGGAUUACCGGACGGACUGGACGGACCGGACCGGCAAGUGAUAGACAUAUUGAGUCUCCAGGACUCUAAGCAGACAGUAGCGGCGGUGGAGAAGCUGUCUGGCGGUCUGAGCGCGCUCAGUGACGUCUACGUGGUGUCUACGUUCCGGCUGCCGGCGAAGCUCGGCGGCGUUCUGCUGGGAAUGUACAGCAAGCAGGACAACAGGAAGUACCUGGAGGUCGCCGUCAUGGGGAAGAUCAACAAAGUGUUGGUGCGUUACGUGCGUGCCGAUGGUAAGGUGCACACGGUCAGCCUGCAGAACGCUCCCCUGGCUGAUGGGCGGAGUCACUCCGUCAUGCUGCGGCUCGGCGGCCUCAACCGUGACCUCAUGACCAUGGAGCUCUACGUCAACUGCCGAUUGGUCGACUCCAGCCAGGGCCUGCCGCCAUUGGUCCCUCUGCCCAGGGAGGCGGAGCUUGUGGAGAUCCGACACGGCCAGAAGGCGUACGCUCGGCUGCAGGGUGCAGUGGAGUCCCUCAGACUGGCUCUAGGGGGCAGCGUUGCUAAAGCUGGAGCUCUGACUGGCUGUCCGUUCCAAGGAGACUCAUCAGCCUACAACUCAGUGAGCGGGGACGUGCACUCCAUCCUGGGUGAUCACACCAAGGCUCUGAUUGGUCAGCUCAUCAUCUUCAACCAGAUCCUGGGAGAGCUGCGACAGGACAUCAGAGAGCAGGUGAAGGAGAUGUCUCUGAUCAGGAACACCAUCAUGGAGUGUCAGGUUUGUGGUUUCCAUGAACCUCGUUCCCGCUGCUCCCCGAAUCCCUGCUACAAGGGCGUGCCAUGCAUGGAGAGCCUGCAGUAUCCAGGAUACACCUGUGGACCCUGUCCACCUGGAACCAGUGGCAACGGGACACACUGCCAUGACAUCGACGAGUGUGAGGUACAGCCCUGCUACUCUCCUUACGGCUGUGUGAACACUAUGGGGGGGUUCAGUUGUCAGCCAUGUCCUCCUGGCCUGUGGGGAGCGCCGAUGGCUGGAACGGGAUUGGACUAUGCCAAGACACACAAGCAGGAGUGUGGAGACAUAGAUGAGUGUUUAGAGCUACCUGAUGCCUGUGUAAUGAACUCUGUCUGCAUCAACACUGUGGGCUCAUUUAAGUGUGGAGGCUGUAAACCUGGUUUCCUUGGAAACCAGACAUCAGGUUGCUUCCCGAGGAAGUCGUGUGCUACGUUGACCUUUAACCCCUGUGACAGCAACGCUCACUGCAGCAUGGAGAGGAACGGAGAGGUUUCCUGUACGUGUAACGUGGGCUGGGCCGGUAACGGGAACACGUGUGGCGUGGACACGGACAUCGACGGCUACCCGGACCGCUCGCUGCCCUGCAUGGACAACGACAAGCACUGCAAACAGGACAACUGUGUCUUCACUCCGAACUCGGGUCAGGAGGACGCGGACAACGACGGGAUCGGAGACCAAUGUGACGAAGACGCAGACGGAGACGGUAUCAAGAACGUGGAGGAUAACUGUCGCUUGGUUCCUAACAAAGAUCAACAGAACUCUGACAGCGACUCGUUUGGAGACGCGUGUGACAACUGUCCCAACGUCCCCAACACAGAGCAGAGAGACACGGACAGCAACGGCCAGGGAGACGCCUGCGACCAGGACAUAGACGGGGACGGUAUUCCAAACGUUCUGGAUAACUGUCCGAAGGUUCCUAAUCCGAUGCAGACAGAUCGAGACAGAGACGGAGUUGGAGACGCCUGUGACAGCUGUCCUGAACUCAGUAAUCCCAUGCAGACGGACAUCGACAACGACCUGGUGGGAGACGUCUGUGAUACCAACCAGGACACAGACGGGGACGGGCUGCAGGACAGCAGAGACAACUGUCCCGACAUCCCCAACAGCUCUCAGCUGGACUCCGAUAACGACGGCCUCGGAGACGACUGUGACCAUGACGACGACAACGACGGCGUCCUCGACGACUACGAUAACUGCCGACUCAUCGUUAACCCCAACCAGAAAGACUCGGACGUGAACGGGGUUGGGGACGUGUGUGAGAACGACUUCGAUAACGACUCGGUGAUGGAUCUGAUCGACGUGUGUCCGGAGAGCGCCGAGGUCACUCUGACCGACUUCAGAGCGUACCAGACCGUCAUCCUGGACCCAGAGGGGGACGCACAGAUAGACCCCAACUGGGUGGUGUUGAAUCAGGGGAUGGAGAUCGUGCAGACCAUGAACAGUGAUCCAGGUCUGGCUGUCGGCUACACAGCGUUUAACGGUGUCGACUUCGAGGGAACGUUCCACGUGAACACGGUGACGGACGACGACUACGCCGGCUUCAUCUUCGGCUACCAGGACUCGUCCAGCUUCUACGUGGUGAUGUGGAAACAGACGGAGCAGACGUACUGGCAGUCGGUUCCCUUCAGAGCCAUGGCCCAGCCCGCCCUGCAGCUCAAGGCGGUGAAGUCUCGGACCGGGCCCGGUGAGUUCCUGAGGAACGCUCUGUGGCACAGCGGAGACACGGCGGGAGAGGUCUCGCUGCUCUGGAAGGAUCCUCGGAACGUCGGCUGGAAGGACAAGACCUCGUACCGCUGGCAGCUCAGCCACCGGCCGCAAGUAGGCUACAUCCGGGUCCGGCUCUUCGAGGGGAUGGACUUGGUGGCAGACUCCGGAGUUGUGACCGACACCACGAUGAGAGGCGGCCGGCUCGGCGUGUUCUGCUUCUCUCAGGAGAACAUCAUCUGGUCCAACCUGCGCUACAGGUGUAACGACACCGUGCCUGAAGACUUCCAGACUCAUCGUAAACAGUUUCUGCACAUUCGGGUCUGAGAGCUGCAGACGCACUGUUCACACACACACACACAUGCACACGCACACACACACACGCACACACGCACACACACACACACACACACACACACACACACACACACACACACACACAGCUCAAGCUUCUCUGAAUCCACUUUAACUGUAGCGUGAGUGUGUUGUACAUGUGCAGUAUGAAUGAGUGUGUGUAUGUGUGUGUGAGUGUGUGUGUGUGUGUGUGCAUGUGUG